CAAAAGCAGAGCAACAACUUAGCCAGUGACCAAAGUUUUAAUUUCAAUUAAAAUUGGGUUUUAUAGUAUAUUUACGAUUUACGAAGUAGAACAGAAUUGGGUUCGGAAUCAGUCUAUAAUAAUUGUCAAUUAAUCUACAAGUGUGCCAAAAGGUUCGUCUCGUCUAGUCUCUUGUGGAUUUUUUGGGCUGGUCUACGUACUUUGCUGAACUUUUGUCGAGUAUAAAGAACUCAUAAAUUCAAACUGAAGAAUACGUUGAGAAGACAUAUCAACAAAUCGGUAUAUAUAUUAUUGUUUAUAUAGAGACAGCAUCAAUCCGCUUCAUUUACUAUAUAAGUGCAUAUAUGUAUAUGGCAAAAAGCUGCGCAUUUUUACACAACUUCGUCGCAGCAAUUGUCGACCGUGAUUCUAUGGAAAUACAGACGAUAUCUGUGACAGCCACAGUACAAAGCUGAACAUAGUCCCGAGCAGUCUAUAUAAGACAAAGGAUCUAUCACUCGAUCAAUCAAACCAUCAAUCAAUCCUCCUUUAACCAGAUAGUUUUUGUUUAGUCCAAAUGAGUCGAGGAAUUCAAAUCUUAAUUAUGUGCUUGUUCACGAUGAUGGCUUUGUGUCCGGAUAGGACUUUGAUUGCGGCAAGGACACGUGAUCUAUGCCAGGUGCAGCCCAGCACGAGCAGCCUGUGUGUGCCGACCACAGUUGGGAUCUACUUCGAUGCGGAGACACAGCAUUGUCAUUUCAAGGGCUGCAGCACAAAGCGGCUCUUCGGUUCCCUCGAGGAUUGCGAGAAGAUUUGCAAUAAUAAGCGACAUAUCAGCAGACGCAACAAUGUGCCCAACAAGGCCAAUCAAACAACGAAUUGAAUAUAAAUCGAAUUAAAUUAAUUUAGUUUUCUAGUAUUUAGUCUGUUAUUAAUCGAUUAUAGUUAAUAUUUAUCA